CGUGCGUGGCUCGGGUCGUGCAUGCAGUCAUCGCAAAAAAUGUUUUUAACCUUUGUAUAAUUGGAAUAUGAGAAUAAUCACUCAAUACAGUAUACAUUUAUGUUCACAACCACAAAAACCUGGUGUAAAUAUAACGUGUUAGUAGUGUUGUAUGAUAAAAAAAAUAAUGUAUUAAACACGAGGGCCGCAAACCUAUGUUUGAGUUGUGAACUGUGAAAUCGAUUUUUAUAUGUUAUUAAUGAAAUUACUAAGGUGCUCAUCGGUUAUACUAUACAGGCUGAUAAGUGAGAUAUCCCAUCGUAUGUCGUGUGGAUCUCAUUCGGCCAGAGGUCCGCUAAUAAUCGAUAUAAGUUAAUAAAAAAUGCAUAUUUAUCCCACGGUCUCGUAAGGUCGGUGAGAACGGCCGGUGUACCGUAAUAUUAGACAGACGUGGUUCUCUAUGUUUUGUUCAAGUGUUUUGAGUGAUGGUUACGAAUAAGUUACGUUAUAAAAUUGUGCCAUUGGUAACAUCGUCAGAAGCCGGCAAGCCACACCGCGAAUGAAUUCUAAAUCGUUAAAAUCAACAAGAACACCGGUUAAGUUAAAAUUAACCGUAAAAAGAUCAGUAUUAUGUGAUUUUAGUGUAGUGUAACAUAGUUUUGUACGUAGUUCGUCGCCAUAUUGUUUUUUGUGCAAUGGCGGCCAUUUUGCGCGCGUUCCGCGUGAGAUUCGGACGGAUGGUGGCGCGCGUGGUGCUGCUACUGUCGCUCGCCGUAUAUUCUUCUUAUGGCGGCGGCUGCACGUUCCCCGAGGGUUGGUCGGGCAGAUGGUUCCAGUCCGGGAACCCUGACCUGAUCGUCAUCAACUCCACGCACAUACAGAUGAAGGGCGAGUGCUCGGAGACGGACUCCAACGAUAAGUUCCUGCUGUAUGAUAGGAACGAGGACUGCUAUCGGUGUAUGGUGAUACACGAAAAGCAUAAAUACGUGUUGCAGUAUAAAGAAACGUACUGUUCGCCGAAGGACUCGCUGUCGACGAUAUGCGAGUCGAUCACGGGCGACGCGCCGCUGUACUCCAUGUUCAGGAAGGAGCCGCGGCCGAUCCCGCAGCCGUGCCCCUUCCACCCGGCGCCUUUCACCUUCACGUACAACCGGGGUUCUGGCGACUGCGUGAACCCACCGUCGCGUGCCGAGUCCUGCACGGACGAUUCUCGGCUGCUCCUGCGGUAUAUGGCCUGUCCGGACCUCACUAGCUCCGAGAGUAACGUUGAGGAGCUGGUGUGUCUUGCCACAUGGAAGGAGGGCUCCACCCGGUACCUGGUGGGACAGAUCUGGCAGGUGCAGCGCAGGAACUCCAUCACCUCCGACGAGGAUACGUACAGAUGUUUCAUCUACAAAGGACAGCACACAGAAAAGACUAUGACGUACAGCAUUGCGCAGUCGGGCGACGCCACAUGCAACGGCCUGUCCUCACCCAGCGACGGCAGCCGCACCAUGAAACUUACCAGCAGCGACGACGAACACAACCGCUGCCACUUCCCUUCCUGGAUAGUGCAGCAUCACAAGUGGUUCAGUCUCGAUCACUCCCACCAAUACCACUUCACCACCAAGAACGCCACGCUCAAGAUAAUGAACGAAGACGGGUCGUUUGAGGAGAAGCGGCUGGUGUGCCACUCCAUCCGCGAGCACCGCGAGAACAAGUACAUCCAGCUGGUGGCGCAUCUCACCAAGGGCUGUGAGUCCGGUCACGUGUGCGUGACGGUGGAGCGUCGCGCGGGCGGCGUGCUGGAGGCGUCGCUCGGCAGCGCGUUGCAUGACGCGCCGUCCGACGCAUGCGCACACCGCCGACAGCCAGACCCGCUCACUCUCAUCGCCACUUCCUUGACUCCAAAGCGGUGUCCCAUACUAGGCCGGUACUCUGUUGUCAGUUCGCUCGCGGAUAGACGUCGGAGGCGACAGCAAAUUACUAUAGGCGAGGCGGAGGGCGAGGAGGCGCGCGCGCCGGAGUGCGUGUCGGGCGACUACCACAGCGCCAGCCUCGGCUGCGGCGCCGCGCAGGACACCAUCGAGUUCAAAUCCGCCUGCUCCAGCACAGUGUACACGUGUCACGGCGACUGGCGCGAGGGGUCGCGCGGGUUCCUGGUGGCGGCGCCGGCGCACGCCGCGCACGGACACCAUCCCCGCGCGCUCUGCUUCAUAUACACCACGCACCUGAGGAACGACACGCGCGGCGGCAGUUCGCAGCAGCUGCAGGUGAGCGCGGCGGCGCACUCGUGCGACCGCGCGCUGCAGCCCGGCGUCGCGGGCGACAAGGCGUACAACCUCACGCUCAACGGUACGUGCGAGCAAAGCAGCAUGUACAGCGGGUCGGCGCGGGUGUCGGCGCGGCUGUGGGCGGCGCUGGCGCCGGCGCUGUCGCUGGCGGUGCUCCGCAGAUGAUACGCCGGCGCCGGGCGCGGCCGCUAGCCGCCUCGCGCCGGGACCGCGGCGGUGUUGCCUGCCCACUCUCAUACCACACUCAUUACCGACACACAAAAUAACCUAUAUUAUUCCGGUUCUAUAUGAAUUCAAUUUUUCCGGUACGCAGAAAAAUAUUUGUGACAGUGAUUUUAAUUUUAAGUUGAAAAAUUAUUACUUUAAACACGUUCCCGACUCCAACGUAAAGUUUAAUUUGUGCCAUGACUUUCAACUAUGAAAGAUUUUUUUACACAGCGCAAUAUCAGUGCGUACAUCUGAGUCAUUCAAUAUUAUUUUGUAAACAUAAAAAUGUUACGGCAUUGUGAAGAUCAAACAUGAUUACCUGAAAACGCAAUGUCAACAAUAACUGUAUGUAUUAACAAGACGACACACCUCCUGUUGCCUGGGUUAUUUCUUGAAAUUCGAGUCAGAGGCGAAGGUAUCGGAAGCUUCAUAACUGAAGAUUAUUGUUUAGAAUUGUCCAUUGCAGUAUUGCGUUGACUAUUGCGUUCCCCCACACCGGUACGUUUUUAAAAUGCGGUAAAUAAAGGGGAGCGUAGCUUAUAAAGGCUAAAUAUCGUUUUUGACUACGUUUUAUCUUUAAAAAUCGUGUUUUUAAAUAUUCACAUCGAAAUAUUAUUAAUUUAUUUUAUUUUUCAUAUAGAAAUAUAUUCACUGUAACCAGUGGUUGAUAAGGUCUCAAUUAAUGUAAAAAAAUAUUUCACAAUACUUCCGGAAAACCGGAAUUUUCCGGUUGUCCCAUAAAACCGGCAGAAAUGGUAGUAAAUGGCAACACCGGCACAACAUCGCGCGUUUGCACAUUUCAGCUCAAAGAAAGUAUACCGGAAGUGUUUUGCCGUGACUUAGAUAGAAGUUAAUUUUAUAUGAUAAUACGCAUGGAUAUACAUGGUUGGAUGUUAAACUAUUGACAAUUAUAAUUUGACAUUUAAAUAUGACAUGUGUGACAGUAUAAAUGUCGGUAAAUAUCUGACGCUGUGUGAUCAAUAUAUUCGGGCGCCGGAAUUAUUUAUCGAUAUUUAUAAAUCACUAAAAAUACUGCCACGGUGCAUACACGUCAAUACUCAAUGCAUAUUCAAUACGGAUACAUCAACUUUCGAUUACCCGAAUAUUAAACGAUAUUAUUUUUAAAUCAAGUACUAGAUAACACAACGGUUUUGCUUACUUAUUCUAAGGCGUAAUCGCCGACCAGUUUCAAUCUAUUAAGUAGGUCAUCUUUAUGGGGGAGUGUUGAGAGGACGUCGUGUCGUGUAGGCCUCUCGAUCACCUACUGGUCAGUGUUUCCGACUGAGAAUACGUCAGUGAAAUCGUUGCGUUAUCUAGUAAUUUACCACCUUAUUCAUAGAAGUUAUUUAUGUAAGGACGGAGUAUUGCUGUGAUAACAAGUAUGUUUCUCAGCUUUAUUUAUCUGACAGCCAACUAGAUUAAAGUUGUAUCUCAAUAUUAGCCAAUCACAACGGCCCUACGUCUACGCACUGCGCAGGCUGCCAUGCCGUCAGCACUGAGAAACAGACUUGUUAUCACAGCAAUACUCCGUGCUUAGAUAAAUAACGUCUCUAAAUAAGGGAGUUAAUGUUUUGCGUAAAUUUUAAUGAUAUGAUUUAUAUCGAUCAUCUCGCAAACAUCUCAACAUUUAUAUCCAUGUAGUGAAUAUUUAAUGUCCAUAUUCUUACGAGAAUUUUUGAUUUACAUUAAUAUUUCUGUAUCAAAAUGUAUUUAAUAUAAUAUUUUCGUUCAAACAAUGUACAUAUAUACGAAUAGAAGAGACGGUCAUUGCGUGUGUGACAGUGACGCAACGCUAUCACGUUUGUCACUGUGGGUGACAUGUCACAAUGUGGGCGGGUUGGGCUUGUGUGGGCGUAGUUGUGAUUAUCUGAAGUGGUAAAGGGGUUUACAAGGGCAAUGAAACGCAGUGACGAAAUUCGGAUUUUUGUAUAAAAUCAUUGAGGUCUAUUAUUUAGAUAGUGAAAUCUUAUUGGUACCUAUUCAUAUUCUGAGGUAAAGAGAUAAGAUAGCUGUCAUCUAUGUCCUUACAAACAUAGUGUCUUAUGAUACUCCGUGUACAAUAUUAUAUAUUAAUGCUUUAUAUUUAUUAGGUAUUUGUUGCACUAAUCUUCUUUGAUUAGCACUCCAUUCUUAUUAAUUUUUUUACUAUAUCCAGCGCGCUGCAUUAAGUAAUAAAUGAAUAGACGUCUUGUCUAUGUUUUUCAUUCUUGUACAGCAUUGAAAAGUACGAUAUUUUAAUGUUUUAACUCACUUAGUGCUAUCAACAAUGCCCUGUAAAAGGUUCGGAAAGAAUCGAAUAGAUUCCUUAAAAAAACAUUAUAUUACAAUACUUGUUUCCUACAGGCAUAGUCCGUGUUUCGUCCAUAUUGAAUUCAAUGCCAUGUGGUAUCAACAACAUCACCUUUAGAAUAUGAAGCGAAACACGACACGAUCGUCCGCGUCGUUGGACUGUGAUUGGUUGGGACAGCGACAUGUAAGUUACGUGGUUACCUAUAUACCAAUUACAUUCAAACGACACGGACGUUCUUGUCGGGUUUCGUUCCACAUUCUAUAAGCAAUGCAUGUUGCUUUUUCGCAGAUAACUUUUUCCGAAAGUAAAAUCAAAUGUAAUCAUUUUUUAUAUUAUAUAUCUUGAAUUUUUCUAACAUCAAUGAGAAAUAUGUAAACGACUAUUUCUUUAUUAUGCAACUGUUUAUACACAUUUUUUUUAUAAUAUUUUUAAACAACAGUACGCCUUAAUUAUAUCACACUAUUCAACUAUUGCAGGUGCAUUUUGAUCCUUUUAUUGUUUAGUCAAUCAAGGCAGCUCUAAUUUCUUAUUAAUUAAUAGCCAUAUAAAGAAAAGGUGGGUAAAAAAUGACAAAUUUUAAGUUAUUUAGCCAGCAUUGUAAUCGUUGACAUCAAAUUGUUUGGCAGCUUAUCACAAUUCUGUAGCAAUAUGAUGACUAUAAAUGACAGCUGUCUUAAAAAAAAAAACAUAAAAAAAGUAUGACGUCACUAGUGCCCCUUAAACCAACCAGGCAGCGAACGACCAACGGUAGUAUAAAAUAAUUAUAUUUGCUCAUAUAUAAUGGAUAGUUGCAAAAAAUGUUUUAUUUGUGAUAAUUAAUUUAAGAUGAAUAAAAAAUGUAUAUAAAUUCACUAGAAACAAGUUCCUGAAUAUUUUACUGAAUUUAAUUUGUUCUUUGUUUUCUUUUUUGUACACACAGCGAAUUGACGAUGCUUGCCUACUUAGAUUUAAUUUGACUAAAGCCUGUUUCUUAUAUUUUAAGUGGUAAUGCAAAAUAUAUUUUUUAUUUUCCAUUUACCAGCGUCCAACUCAUCGAAACAGGCUCAAAUAUUUAAAACUGUAGCCCAAAAAGACUAUUUGUAAAUAAAUGUAGCUAUAUAAUUUAUAUUAUCAGAACAAUGGAUAAAUAAAAAAAUAAACAAUAUUUUAUAAGGUGUAAACGCGUGUCACAACACGGGGAAAGUAUUAAUUUAAAAAAAUAACCGAUGAUAAUAAAUAGCUAUAGAUAUAUCGAAUGAAUAUAUUAACGAGGUUUCAGCCACUUUGUAAAUGACUCGGCGGUACUGGGGCCGGGGGGUCACGGGGGGUCGGUGGGGGGUCGCAAGCCCCGCCCUCAGUACCGCGCGCGAGUUGAUUUAUUUAAACGAACGCGUUAAAUGCACAACAUGUUAAAGUAAUUUCACAUCUAGUUUAAGACGCUUUAAUCGUUUUUUUAUUUUAUUUUUUAAUGUGUAAGGCGAGGACACGAUGUGUAUAAAGCACUGAAUCGAUGUAAAAUUUAACGAAAACUCAGUUACAUAAGUAACGGCUUGUAAAUAAAUAUGUGUUGUACAGCGGUUUGCGAUACGCUCUUUGCUUUCUUUUAGUUUUGAUACGGUCACGCGGUCGGUACAAUUUGUAACUUAUAACAAGUGUAAGCCUAUUAUUAUAUUUUGAUUACUGAAAUAUAUUUGAAAAUCUA